AAAUGGGCCCCAACUAUUUAAAUUAAAUUACAUUUCUGAUUACAAUCAGAAAGUGAAUCAAUAUUGGCUUUGGCCAGUUUCACUUUAGAGUUUAGUUUUUUCGUCUCCGGAUUAAUCCAUUCAUUUUGUGGUUUGCAGUUCGUACAGGAUUUAAAGUCACAUUUCAAUUUGUUUGUUAUUCAAUCAUCUUUACCUGUUUUAUCAACGGAUUACUGUUAACAAGCUAUAGUUUUUAAAUUGUUUACCGUGAAUUUUUAUCAUCUUUUUGCUGUUAGAGAUUCAAAAGUAAAGAUGUUUUUUACAAAGAUUAUUUGCACCUUACUACUGAUUCAAUCAUUCCAAUUAGCUAUCGCUCAAGAUGAAGAUUAUUUAGGUCCAGUUGAAUCUUUACCAAGGUUUGAAGCCCGAAGACAAUCAUCUUUGAAUGCUAAGGAAGACUUCGAAUAUGAUGAUGACAACAGUGCCUCUUCUCGUGGCAAAACUAACCCUUUACCAGCCCGAACUGGACGAAAUGACGAUAACAACGAGGACGACUUUGAUGAAAAUCAAGCUCCACAGAACGAAAAUUCUGGUUCCUUAUCCCCAGUCAAUGUAGGCCCAUCCGGCACUAAAGGGCAAUCUGUAUCAAGUUCUGGUAGAUUAGGUUUACCAAGAUUCCCCAGCAAACAAGAUAACACAUUCAUAGCUCCACUUCCAGCUCCACCACGACCAGUUGCCAUCCCAGCACCAGUUGCUCCUAUUACAGUUGUAGGUAAGACAAACCUUGGUUCAUCUGGUUCACUCGGCGGAGAUCGAUUCUUCCCUCUUAGAUCAAAUGAUGGAACCAAAACCGUCCGAGUCGUUAAAACUGCUCGAGUUGUUCGUCCAGGACCAGUUGCUGUUGAUCAAUCUGAAGCUUCAUUAGCUAACUUGAACGGAGGUGUCAAGUCAUCUCAAAUAAGACCAUCAGUAACUCGAGUAGUUGGACCAGUUUUGGUUCAACAACGACCAACAUUUGUGACUCCAGUUCAACCAGUUGCUCCUUCACCAUUACCUGUAUCAAUUGCCACUCCAAUCAGUUCAGGCUCUGCCGGACCAAACCAAAUUGUCUCUGGAGGCGUUAAAACUGUUCAAGUCAGUGGAAACUCAAAUCUUCAACCACCAAGACUACGAGUGAUUUCAAAUCAACGUCCAGUAGCCCCAGCUGUUGAUGAAGAUGAUGAAGAUGAUUCUGCUUCUGCUUCCUCUGGUCCAUCUCGAGGUCAAUUGUCUGGAGUAAAGACUGUUGUUACUAACCAAUUUGCUGGUCUCUCAUCAGGCCGGUUAGCUCCAGUUCCACGUUUCAAUCCAACUCGAACUUUAGUCCAACCAAUCCGACAACCAGCUCAAGUUAUUUAUGCUGAUCAAAAGUUGACUUCUCAAGAUGAAGAUGAUUUUGACGGAAACAAUGGAAAUGCUGUUGACUUAUCACAACCAGAUCUUGUUAAGAUCAACAGACCAACACAAGUACCUGUUCGAAUUGCUCCUCAACCCUACUUGGUUCCUCUUCCAUCUCGAUCAUUCCGACCAGAAUCAUCUGCUGACAUUAGUCCAGCCGUUUCAAAUGGAAAAGUUAACACAAUCAAAUCAACAUUUGUUGCCCGACCUCAACCAGUACCAGCCCGACAAACCAUUUUCACCCAAGUUGCUCCAACUCCAUUCCAACCUCCUAUCGCCGUUAGUUCAGGCUCAGCCUCCGGUUCACAAUCUGUUUCAGCUAUUAAAGGUUCAGGAUCAAUUGCUCCAUCUAGAUUCCAACCUCGACUUCCAACCGUUCAAAGAAUAACCCCAACUGUAAAUUUUGUUGAUGAAGAUGGUACCGCUUCAAACCCAAGUGGCGCUAGACCAGUUCUCAUCCGAACCACAGGACCAUCCCCAGUUAGACCUGUAUUCCAAACAAAUGUUCAAGAAAAGAUUAACACAGGUUCACAGUCAGUAGCUUCAGUUCAGCCAGUCUUACGAUUCAACCCUCAACCCCAACCUCAACAAAUUGUUCAAAUUAGAGACUCUGGAGCUUUACCCGCAGAACUUUCACUCCCCUCUCCACCCAGACCAGUUCAAAUCGUACAACAAGUAAGAAACACUCCAGCUCCCACUAUUAGACCCGUUACCCAAGUUACUCAAGUCCGAGAGUCAGCUGUUUCAGAUUUCCAAACAGUUCAAAUCUCCCAACCUCGAUUAGUCCCAGUUGCCCCCUCUCCUCAACCUCAAAUCCGUGUUUUUGAACCAAGACCUUUGACCCAAGUAUCUCAAGUAUCUCAAUUUGAAGAUUCAGGCUUAAACGUCUUCCAACCUCUUGACCCAUCACUUCGUCCAUCAAUCCCUCAAGCAUCUGCUCAAGGACAGCUUUCACAGGACAGAGAAUCUGUAGCCCCACGAGAAGUUUUUAUCCGUCAACCAGCUCAACCACAAGUACAAGUAUCUCAAGUUAGCCAAGUUAGUCAGGUUCGACAAGUACAACCAUCAGUUGAGACAGUUCAAAUUCGAGAAACCGCUGUUCCAAUUACCUCUCAAGGUAAUUUAGGAGUUCAGCAAAUUUCUCAGCCAAGACCUGUUGAUGAUUUCCAACCAGCUCCACAGCCUUUUGAAAUCCUCAGACUUAGAGAACCAAGUUUCCCUCGAUUCUCGUUCGACCAAGCAAGACCUCAACCAGUUGUCUCAGUUAGACCUCGAUUAGUACCUGCUACCCUCCCAGAAAGUCGACCUGUCGUUCAAAUUUCCCAAGAAAAAGAAGCUUCACUUGCCCAACAACAAGCAGUUCAGGCUCAAGUAAACAUCAUCCAACAACAACAGCAACAACAACAACUUCAACAACAACGAGAACAGCAACAGCGAGAACAGCAACAACUUCAACAACAACGACAACAAGAACAACGAGAACAGCAACUAAUUCAACAACAACGACAACAGCAGCAACAACAACUUCAACAACGACAACAAGAACAACGAGAACAAUUACAGCAACGACAACAGCAACAGCAACAGCAACUCCAGCAAAUCCAACAACAGCAACAACAGCGUCAACAACAACAACAGGCACAGCAACAACAACAACAGCAACUCCAACAAGUCAAAGAAAUCUUAAAUGAAGAGAGAAGAGUUCAAAUUCCUGUUGCCCCAGUCGCUCCUCUUGUCAACAUUGAAUCAUUCAAGACAGUUUCACAACCUCGUCCAGUCUUUAGACAGCCUGUAGUCCCUCGAUUAGUUGCUCCACUCCCAUUACAACCAUUCAAUCAAGUAUCUUCAGGCUCACAAUCUUCAGGAUUCCCUGGACCAGUCCAGAACAGAUUUGAAACUGUUCAAAUUUCUCAACCCGCACCUGUUGUUACCGUUCAACAACCAAGACCAACCCUUGUUGUCAACCGACCUCAACCAGCUCAAGUAAUCGUCUCAAAUCGCCAACCAGUCGCUACAGUUCAAGUUCAGGACAACAGUCAAUCUGCUGAUGUACAAGUCCGAGACGCUUUUGCUUCAAUUGCUAGCGAUUAUUCUCAAAUUCAGCAAGUUAAAUUGGCUCGAGCAUAAGAUUCUUGAAAAGAUUCCAUCCAACAUUCCAUGUAACAAAACUGUUUCCUUUUUUAAUUAGAUACUUUUUAAGUUUACAAGAAUUCAACACUUUUUCAACAUUUUUUAGAUGUUAAUGUUUAUCAUUUUAACCAUGAAUCGACCAUGCCUAUGCACAUCCUAAUUCAUAAAUAAAAAUGACAAGCUUACAAACCGAA